UUAAAUCAGCGCAUAAUGACACCGUGCAUUAAAAAGAGCCGUUUAUUUGGUCAGAGCGCGCGCACGUUUUGAUUUUGGGGUAAACUGACCUUUUACCCUGUAAGUAGAUUUUCAUCAUUAAUAUCACUGAGUACUUGAAUGGACAAUGACACUGGAACAGGGACACCAAAAUAAAGUGUUACCAUAAUAUACAGCUGGACAUUUCAGAUGUUAAUGUGCAUUUGCUUUUACAGGUGGACUGAAAAAGAACACAAUGACUGAAGAGGCAGAAAAGGAUCUCCAAAUGGUUCACUGGGGCAAGAGACAGGGGUGGAAAGAGGGCCAUUAAAGCACAGCAGGAGAGAAGACCAUCUCCAGGAGUUAUUGCAAACAGUUAUAGUGCAACACUCUGGAUCCUGUUAAAUGGAAUAAAAUUAUUGGAGGACAUGUGCGAACCAGCACUAUUACGGGUGAUUCCUGAUCAACACUCCAUUCACAAACUUCACCUGCCCUCUGGAAUUCCAGAUACCUGUGUGAAGUUGGAGUCAGUAGUUAGAGAGACAUUUCAGAUACAAGGGAACUUUACUCUUCAUUACAAAGAUGCUGAUUUUGGAGAGUUCUUUUCUCUGACUUCAACAUCUGAGCUUAAAGAUAAAGACACUAUCAAGGUAGUGCAAGUUGAGCCAGUGAUUAUAAACUUAGCAACAGUCAACACUUUAGAGAGUGCUGCCCUAUCUAGCUCGGAUGCCCCAUCUACCUCUGAUGACUCUUCAGUUGCCUCUUCAGCUCCGUUAUCAUUUGGCUCAUCAGAUGACACACUAUUGCUCUCCUCUCCAGAGAGUUAUGGACAAAGAUCACAGCCAUGGCCAUCACAGUUUGAAAUUCCAGAGUUUGCCUAUGACACUGAGCUGAUUCUGAAGUCUGCUAAUGAUGAAUUCAAAAACAGUGGAACUCUUUUGAACAAUCCAUGUGUGAAGUCCGAUAUUCUGGAAAAAUUGGCAGAAAAGAUUUUCCAGUAUUGUGCAUAUCCAACCAGCCAGCAAAUUUGCACAGUUGCAGAGGCAUUAAUCCAAAAGCAUCCUUGCUUGAAGGAGCCUGGGUCAUUCUCUGGAUUCUAUGGAUGGCAAACAAGAUUGAAGUACAAGACUAUCGGUCAAAACUGAGAAGUCUAGGUUGUCCAGAAGUUGCUGUGAACUCAAGCAAAAAUAAAAGACCUGCUGCUGUAAAAAAAACCUCAGAAAGCCGAAUUGAACUACCUCCCACCACAUCCAUCAGGAGUAACUGUACAAAAUCUAGAACAAGAACGGGUGGAACUCCUUGAAGAGGUCAAGAUAAAGGAUAACUGGAAAAAUAUUAAUCAGAAAAUGGGCAUAACAUUCUCCUACCGUCACCAGGAGAUAGUGGAGAACAGUCCUUCUAUAGUGAACAUUCAGCAAAGAUGGCCUGCCUUGUUCGACAUCUCUCAGGUCAAAGAAGAAUUCAGAAGAUUAACAGCUGUUGAGCUAGAAACAUCAUUCAUGGCAAACCUGGACAAAUACACAGAUGCACUCCUGUCUUUGUUUCGCACCAAGGGAGGAAAUGCUGGACAGCAAAUUUGUGAAAUUUUGAAUGUGCUGAACCAGACCAGUGCUGUGGAAAAACGUAGAGAUGUUGUGAUUCGGUGUUUAAUUGUGUACCUCUCUGAAAACACUGAUAAUCUCAUCAGGCAUUACCAAGAUACUCAUGUGGACUUGGAUGAACUUGAACAGCACACACUGAGGAUUAUCACGAAAGGUGGCUCAAUGGAUGAUCCUUUACAGAAUGGGAUAGUGCUGGAAGGCAUAGAAGUGCUGACAGGGUUGGCUUGUGCUUUGCUACUUGGCCUAAUAUACGCUAUUAAUCUGAGUUACCCCAAAGAACUAAGAUACACAUUUGAAUUCUUUCAAAAGAUUCUACUGGAGCUAGACAGUGGUAAGCUUUCUCCAAAGAUUCAUUCUCUGUAGAACAAGCUUCUUUGUUGAAAUAAAAGAUUUCACUGUUGUUGUUUUGACUAUUACAACUACUACAACUCAAAAUAUGUUGUCAAAAGACAUGGUUCUAUGUUGUUAGUCUGCACUCAAUAUUGUGAAAAUUGUGAAGUUUGUUGCAUGUUCCAGUAGUAAAUGUUGGAGAAAUAUUAAUCUUUCAUGAAGAGUUGCAAAGGUUGAAAAAAAUCAAGGAAGUGACUUGUGAACUUCCUUUUGUCAACUUUGUCACUUUUUUCAGCAGUAUUAUAGUUAUGAUUUUUGGUUUUCAGGCUGUUUAAUUUUCCAGAGUAUUGCAAACUGUCAAGAAAAAAAUGCUUCAGUUUUGUAAUGUUCUGAAAAACCUUUAGUGAAUGAGGUUAUAUUAUUUUAUUAUUAAGCUGUGCUCAAUUCAUUUGUAUACAAGAGUAUUGCAAGCUCUAUCUAAAAAUAAAGUAAAAUGUUUUAUUUUGUGCUAAUUUUAUGUUUUGUGUUUAUUUUAAGACACUGAAUGUUCUGGAGCAGGGCAGACCAGUAGGCAGACCAGUUUUAUUCAAUAGCUCUAGAUCCAAAAUAAAUUAAAUUUUUAUGUUGGUUCAACUCAAUAAAUUAUCUUUUUUAAAAUGUAAAACAGCUUAAAUGUUAAGUUGACACAACUUGAAUUUACUCAGUAAAUUCUAUUGAUGUUAGAUAUUUUUUUAAGUAAAGAAUGUUGACUGAACUCAUAUUUUUAUGUACACAAAGGUUUUCUUGUUAAAUUUACAUAAAAUUUACAUUUUUACCAGUGUACUAACAGUGCCUGCUUUGUUGUGUGGCACAAUUAGACUGCACUGAGAGGUAUAAAUAAUCAUACCUUUUCUCCUUUUGUAUGCACUUAUAUGCUGCUACAUGGUACAGUAAGUGUUGUUAAAAUGUAUUUUUGUUUUCCAAACUUGAAAUUUAUUCACUAAGCAAACUUUUAGAAAACUAUGUUGUUAUACGAGGAAUUUGUUUCAUAACAAUACACACGUUCCAUUUGCUAAAACAAAGAAACCUUUCUGCUUUAGGGUGUUUCAAAGUGAUUGUAAGACAAAAUGUCUGCAGCAAAAUAUAACAACUACAGUCUAUUCUUAUAUUUUGCUGCAGACAUU